GCUGAGGCGGUUUCCAGUUUUUUCCUUGAAUUUGACAAGUCCUACUUCGAUUUGGUUUUCUCUUGUCUUGACUCUGAGAAAACCUCUCGGAUUUCAAUCUCAAAAUCGCCUCUCUGAUGAACACUGUACUCUCUGCAGAGGAAGAUAAUCGCGAGGGCCAUUGAGUGACGUCAGAAGAGGGCGAGAUCUAUCGGGGAACGAGGAGGAGGAGGAAAGAUUCCCAGUACGGAGAUGAAUCCGCAUUCGAGCAGCAGCGACCACAUCACGUUCGCCAAGAGGAGGAAUUCGCUGAUGAAGAAGGCCAAGGAUCUAUCGCAACUCUGCGAUGCCGAGGUCGGAAUCAUCAUCUUCUCCUGCACUGGACAGCUCUAUGAGUACUCGAGCUCGAGCAUGGACUCAGUCAUCGAACGCUACAACAAUCUGAAGCGGGAGGCCCAACCGGAACUGGAUCAGCCAACCGUUGAUGCCAAGGUCUUAGAAGAAGAGAUAGCAAACUUGAACCGUCAACUCCAAGGUCUGCAAGAGUACCACAGGCAACUAAUGGGUGAAGACCUCUCUGGCUUGAGUGUGAAGGAUAUACAGAAUUUGGAGAACCAAUUAGAAAUGAGCUUAUCGACUAUCCGCCUUCAGAAGGAGCAAAUUAUGAUGGAUCAAAUAAAUGAGCUCCAUCGCAAGAGAAACCUCGUUCAUCAAGAAAAUAUAGAGCUGCAAGAGAAGUGUCAGAUCCACAGGGAAGGGAGUUCUAGUAGUGAGGCCAACAGAUUUCAUGUAUCAUAUGGCAUUAACACCGGAGAUGAUACAGAUAUACCAAUUCCUUCCCCUUCGAGACGGCCCUCGCGUCGAAAUAGGAGCGCAACUCCUCCGGUGACCACAGAAUUGGCGUUACGAUUAUCUCGACCAAGCGACUUCACGACUUUAGAUGAUAAUGAGUAGCCUCUGUGCUCCCUCGAGAUUAAAGCACUGAUUGCUGCCAGUUUUGAUAUGAGCAAGCAGAUCUUUAAUUUCACUUCAACGGCCAGACAAAACCUAAGGUUUUUGCAAGAGAUUCAUACUAAGAUUCACUGUAUCGAUUUUAUGUCCCAAUUGCUUGUAAACAGAUGAUUACCUUAAAAAGAAUCUGGGCCAAUAGUUUAAUUCCAAGGUUAA